AUGGACCAGCUGCGCGCGACGAGCCUAGCACUGCUCUUCUCGACGCAAUCGCACCCAGUCGGCUUUUCGGUGCUUGGGGGUGCGGGGGGAGCGGGCGCUGGGGGGAACACCGGCAGUCUAGCGUCGACGUCGACGUCGUUGUCGCUGCUGUUGAGUGACCGCGAACAGCAGCUCCUCGCGUUGCAUGAUAAGCUGCUGAACGUCACGUUGCAGCGUCGGACGCUGGAGGCGGAGCUGGCAGCGGCGAGGGCGGGGGCGGCAGGAGCCACUGGCACUGGCACUGGCACUGGCACGGUGCUGAUGGACGGGUGGACGGUAGACGAUAUCGAGCAGCAGCAGAUUGAGCUCCUGGAGAGGGAGCUGGCGGAGGCUCAGGCGAACAGACGGCUCAAGGAGGCGGCGGUCGAGGCCACACUUGUUACCGGCCCGCUGUUGAAGGCGAUACACCCCGAUGCUGCUACUACGGCUCGGCAGAGAGCGCUCUUGCCACUCCUUGCGCGCCGCGAUGCCCUGGCGGAGACGCACGCGAACAUUUCGCAGAUGCUGAUACGCACGCAGGACUCUUUGGUCAGCAGUGGGCGGGCGAUAGUGGACGCGCAGCUGCGGAACAAGGAGAUGGCAGACCGACUGCUGCUGCUGUCUGCGCAGCGCGACGCGGAGAAUGCGAAAUUCCGAGGAGAGGAUCACAUCGCUGCAGAGAAGGAGCUCAAGGAUGCGAAGAUAAUGUGGGAGGUCACCAGGAACGUUGCGCAGGCCGUCGUCGUCGCCAGCGGCGUCGAUUGGGUCAGAGAUAGGGAGCUCAGGGAGCUAGUACUUGCCUGUGGGGAUGAGUGA